AUGAACUCUGUACUGAAAAUGAAUACUGAGUUGGGAUAUCAAGAGUAUCUCGAGAAAAUUACUCUUGAAGCCAAUGGUGUAACCAGCGAUGAGACGACGUUACACAGCAAGGUGGCAGACAUAUUUCGAGAAGAAAUUGAAGUAAACGGCUGUUUGAGGGAAAGUUUCAAUGUUUAUGAGGAUGUGGAUGGCAAUAUUGAAAAAUGGAGAAGUCAAAUAUGGCUUGAGAGACCAGAAAUGUCCGCAGAAGUCCGAUACGCAUAUUUGAAGCACCAGGAAUUGUGUCUCGAAAGACUGAUAUCCAAAACGCUGCCGAAACAGCUUAUUGUACAAGAAGAAAUGUUGAAGUCAGUUACAGAACAGAUCAGAGGUGUGCUAGAAACUCAGAAACAACAGUUGGAACAAUUAUCUCAAUACAGAACUAACAUGGAAGAAUCUCAUAGACAGGAAAUUGAUUCAUUGAAUAACCGCUGGCGGUUGACGUUGAAUGACAAUUUAGAAAAGGCAACAAUAUAG